AUGGCCCGCAUGCAAGUUGAGCCCUACGAGGCCGAGCGCGACGAGAAGGGUCGCCAAGCACAAACCAAGACCCUUGGUCACCUACGCCUUCGAGAUUCCGAGACCAAUGAGGUCAUCUUAGUUCCUACACCAUCGUCCGACCCAAAGGACCCUCUUAAUUGGCCAAGAUGGUUCAAACUAUACACAGCGAUCGCGGUCUGUCUCGCUAUGGUUCUUUGCAACUUCCUUGCAGCUGGUCCGACGCUCGCGAUUAUACAGACUGCAGAGGACUUCUUCCCUGAUUGGGAAAAGACCGGCAUUUCGGGCGCAAUCGCCAAAACUGCCUACUUCUUCAACUGCACGGCGCUCUUCCAGGGCUUGGGUAAUCUGGUUUGGAUGCCCUUCAUCAACAAGUACGGACGCCGCGCUGCCUACGUGACCUCGUUUACGCUCUACACAAUUACGGCGAUCUGGUGUGCGGUCGCAACACAAUAUGCGAAUUUCCUUGUGGCAAGAAUCCUUAUGGGCUUUGCAUCUGGUGCGGCAGAAUGUCUGGCUCCGAUCACUAUCGCUGAUCUCUUCUUCCUGCACGAGCGUGGUGCGCUUACUGCCCUUUACAACGCUUCUCUCAACCUAGGUGUUGCCUCGGGCGCUCUUGUGGAUGGCUUUAUUGUCAAGUAUCACCCAUGGCGCUAUAUCUAUUACGUUGCAAUUUCCCUGAUUGGUAGUAUCACUCUGGUUGUCUAUGCAACCUUCCCCGAGACAGCCUACAACAGAACACUGGCUCCGACAGAUUCCAUCACCUUGCUGACAGCAUCUGGUGAGAGAGUUCAUCGAGGUACAAAAUCGGAGGAGGCAGGAACAUCUGAAAUUCAAGAGGUUGUCUCCACUGAGCAGGCUCAAGGGGAUAGAGGCUGGCUUCAAGGUCUCAAGCUAUACCAUGGAAGAUAUACCGAGGAAUCCCUAUGGCAGAUGAUGAUUCGACCUGUCGGUCUACUGAUCCUUCCGCCAGUCCUCUGGGCUACUCUCGUCAUGUCAGUGACGAUCGGAUUCAUCACAGCCAUUACUUCAAACGUUUCCUCAGCAUUUUCCUCCACAUACGGGUUUGAGGCGUGGCAGGCUGGUCUCUGCUUUUGUUCGGGAAUUAUUGGAUGCUUCUUCGGUAUCUUCCUCGGAGGUUACUUCUCGGACUGGGUAGCGGAUUUCUUCACACGACGGAAUAAUGGAGUUCGUGAACCAGAAAUGCGACUUCCAGCUAUCAUGGUUGGGGCUAUCACGGGCCCACUUGCGUUGGCUCUAUACGGAUGUGGCAUCGAAUACAAGAUGCACUGGAUUGUUCCCACCAUUGGAAUUGGCCUAAUUAACUUUACGAUUACACAAGCAACUAAUGUGUCCCUUGUGUACACGAUUGACAGUUAUCGUCCCAUUGCUGGAGAGAUUGUCGUCACUCAGCUGGCAUUCAAGUCAGCUUUUGGCUUCCUGCUAGGAUUCUAUACCAACCCAUGGGUCGACAAGCAUGGCUAUAAUGUUGCUUAUGGAGAGAUGGCUGCAAUCUGUGGCGGUGUUCUUAUUUGCUGGAUUCCAUUCUUUUUCUGGGGUAAAUGGAUACGCCAAAAGACUCUGAGUUGGUCAAUCAUGAGGUGGGUACAGUGGGAUGCAGACAGAGAGGUUGGCGAGUAA